CAUCUCCCUUGCACCCUCACACCACUUGAUCCCACCAUUCGCUACUUGUGAAAUAAAAUUAAAAAAAAAAAAAAGGAAAAAAGAAAACCGGAAAUUAAAAACAGGAGCAGUCAGUUCAUUUGUUCAUCGACCAAAUGAUGGAUCGGAUCUUCUUUCAUGUCAACACUCUCCCUUUCUAUCGCUGGUCCUUGAAGAGUCAUUCUCAUUGCUUCUAGUAAACUAUCAGAUCGCUUUCUAUCUUUUCGAAGCACAAUUCCUUUAGGGUUUCGUCUCCUCCUUUGUUCUUCUACUUUGCGAUGCUAUUACGUACAGAAGCUGAUACAUUAGCCGUUGCUUCGUCCUCUUUUUUUUUUCGAAUUGGAUGAUUUGAUCGGAUUUUCUACGGUUCGUAGAAUUGAAGUCUUGCCACAAGAAAAAAAAUGGCGGCUUCUCCUGUCAAGUUUCUCUUUGGAUUCUUUAUGACUUCCAUCACAUUGUUGAUGGUUUUCAUUUUUGCUUCAAGGUUGCUGGCUUGGAUUCUAAGCAGGAUACUUGGAGCAUCUGUUGGAUUCCUUGUUGGUGGAUGGAAAUGUUUGAAGGAUGUUGUUGUAAAGUUCAAUAAGGGUGCUGUUGAAUCCAUAUUAGUGGGUGAAAUCAAGCUUAGUCUAUGCCAGUCCUUGGUUAAACUUGGGGCUGGCAUUCUUUCUAAGGAUCCAAAGCUGCAGGUGUUGAUAUGCGACUUGGAAGUUGUAUUGAGGCCUUCGAGUAAAAGCUCACAGAAAUCUAGAUUGCGGAAACCUCGCACAUCAGGAAGGGGAAAGGGAAAGUGGAUGGUUGUAGCUAACAUUGCAAGAUAUUUUUCGGUUUUUGUCACGGAUUUGGUCAUGAAGAUGCUCUCUGGCAUUAUAGAGAAGCCUUCUUGUUCUUUUAGCUGCGAAGAGUUCUCUCUUUCUUGCGAAUUUUGCCAUGAUAGGGAAGCUGUGUAG